ACCACCUUGCGGGCCCUCCCAGUACACGUGACGCGGGCUCUGACGUCAGGGACCCGGCCUGUCAAAUUUGUUGUCGUGACAUAUAUAAAUUUGUGUAUAUGAAUAUUUCAAUAUAGAUUUUUUUUAAAAAAGUAAGUUCUUUGGGUCCUCCGCUAUUCUAUUAACUUUGUUGCUGAGACACUCAGCCCGCCCGCUGAGUGACUCCCCCACCCGCUCGCGACCCCGCGGCGCUACUUUGGGGUCGUUUUCAUUUUAUUCCCUUAAAUAAUCACAAGCAUUCACGUCCGCCCUCAGUUUUCCUUUUUUCCCGUAUUUAUCCUCUUUUUUAAAAAAAAUGCGGAGAGAAACAUGACGCGAAAACAUGUUCAGCCACCUUUCCGCUAACUAACGGAAAACAAGAUGGCGGCAAGGGAGGCUUCCCCCCUCAAUACUUUUUUUUCUUCUGCUUUCAAACCUGUGGGAAGCCUGCCCCUUUCUUUCCCCAGCAUGCUUUGCGCGUUUCUAACGAAUUUCGUUUCGAGUUUGCCGUUUGGGCGCCAUUUUCGAGUGUAGAAGCCGCCAAGGCUACAGGCAGGAAACGGAGCUUUCUGGAGCUCCUCUAGCUGCUGCUCGAAGACUCGCCUGGCCCCGCGCUCCCAGAAGAUACAGUCAUUCUGUAGUUUGGUUUUUUGGAAUUGGAGCAGCCAACAGAAAUCAUGCCAAGCAAAAGAACUAAAAUAUCUACAGCAGCUCAUCACAAAGGCAAUGAGUCCUUGGAGGAGUCCUCCAAAGAUGGGGAAGCUGCAAAAGAAGCAAGUACGCAAGCCACUGAAGUACUUCAGCAAGCAGUCUCGGACGGAGUAGUUGACAAUCGAAGUUUAGCAGAGAUUUUGAGUAGCAUCUCUCCUCCCCCACCUCCAGCAAUGACCAAUGAAGCUGGAGCUCCUCGUCUCAUGAUAACUCACAUUGUAAACCAGAACUUCAAAUCUUAUGCUGGGGAGCAAAUUCUAGGACCGUUUCAUAAGCGUUUUUCAUGCAUUAUUGGACCAAAUGGCAGUGGAAAGUCUAAUGUGAUUGAUUCCAUGUUAUUUGUGUUUGGUUAUCGGGCACAAAAAAUAAGAUCUAAAAAGCUUUCAGUACUGAUUCAUAAUUCUGAUGAACAUAAAGAUAUUCAGAGUUGCACUGUAGAAGUUCAUUUUCAAAAGAUCAUUGACAAGGAAGGGGAUGAUUAUGAAGUCAUUCCCAACAGCAAUUUCUGUGUUUCCAGAACAGCCUGCAAAGAUAAUUCUUCAGUAUACCAUAUCAGUGGGAAGAAAACAACAUUUAAAGAUGUUGGGAUUCUGCUUCGAAGUCAUGGGAUAGACCUUGACCAUAACCGGUUCUUGAUUUUACAGGGUGAAGUUGAACAAAUAGCAAUGAUGAAACCAAAAGGGCAGAAUGAGCAUGAUGAAGGUAUGCUUGAAUAUUUAGAAGACAUUAUAGGAUCGGGACGAUUAAAAGAGCCCAUUCAGGUAUUAUGUCGAAGAGUUGAAAUAUUAAAUGAACAGAGGGGUGAGAAGCUGAACAGAGUUAAAAUGGUUGAAAAAGAAAAAGAUGCCUUAGAAGGAGAACGAAACAAAGCCCUUGAUUUUCUUUCUUUGGAAAACAAAAUGUUCAAGGAAAAGAAUAAGAUAAAUCAAUACUACAUUUAUGACUUGCAGAAACGGAUAACUGAACUGGAAACACAGAAGGAAAAAAUACACAAAGACACCCAAGAAGUUAAUGAAAAAAGCACUACCCUAGCUGACGAAAUGAAACAUCGGGUUAAGGCUCUAAAAGAAAUGGAAAAAAAACUCAAUAAAAUCAAUGCAUUUAUAGAAGAAAAUAAAAAUAAAUUUACACAGCUGGAUUUGGAGGAUGUUCAAGUAAGGGAGAAACUAAAGCAUGCAAAAAGCAAGUUGAAAAAACUAGAGAAGCAGCUUCUAAAGGAUAAAGAAAAGGUUGAAGACUUGAGAAAUGUUCCUGCCAAUAGUGAGUCUAUUAUCACUGAAGCAACAGCUAAAAGAGAAGUUCUAGAAAAAGAAAAGGAAAGAGCAGAAGAAAAACUAAGAGAAGUUAUGGAUGGUCUGAAGCAAGAAACACAGGGGUUACAGAAUGAGAAAGAGGAAAAAGAAAAAGCUCUUAUGGAAUUCAGCAAAACUGUUAAUGAAGCACGUUCAAAUUUGGAUGUAGCCCAGUCAGAACUUGAUCUCUACCUUAGUCGUCACAAUAAUGCUGUAUUUCAGUUAAAUACAGCAAAAGAAACUAUCCAGACUGCUUCACAAACACUUAAGGAGAGGUUAUCUGCCAUCAAAGAGCUGGAGUCUAAAUUACCUCAAGCUGAAGAUGACCUAAAGAAGAAAGAGAAUGAACUUGAUAAAGUUGUAAAAGAAGAAACAGACAUCAAAAACUGUGUUCGAGACCUACGUCAGAAGGUGGAAGAAGCAAGAAGCUCUCUAGCAAUAAAUAAAAGCCGAGGGAAAGUUCUUGAAGCUUUAAUUCAGCAGAAAAAAUCUGGGAAAAUUCCUGGAAUAUAUGGAAGAUUAGUAGGUUCAAGGAUUUGGAUUUUCAUAUUUGGUGACUUGGGAGCUAUAGAUGAAAAAUAUGAUGUUGCUAUUUCAUCAUCUUGUGGAGCAUUAGAUCACAUUGUUGUUGAUACCAUUGAUACAGCUCAAGAAUGUGUCAAUUUCUUGAAGAAACAAAACAUUGGAGUUGCAACCUUUAUAGGGCUGGACAAGAUGGCAGUAUGGGAGAAAAGUAUGAGUAAAAUUCAGACUCCUGAAAAUACUCCUCGUCUGUUUGAUAUGGUAAAAGUUAAAGAUGAGAAAGUUCGCCAAGCCUUUUAUUUUGCAUUACGGAAUACCCUGGUAGCCAAUGACUUGGAUCAGGCCACCAGAGUUGCAUUCCAGAAAGACAAGAGAUGGAGAGUUGUAACUUUGCAAGGACAAAUAAUAGAACAAUCAGGAACAAUGACUGGUGGUGGAGGAAAAGUGAUGAAGGGUAGAAUGGGAUCCUCUGUUGUAGUUGAAAUAUCAGAAGAUGAGGUCAACAAAAUGGAAUCUCAGCUGCAAAAGAAUUCUCUUAAAGCAAUACAAUAUCAGGAACAGAAAGUCCAACUUGAGGAAACAGUAGCAAAAUUACACCAAAGUGUCAGAGAAAUGAGAAACACAUUAGAAAAAUACAGUGCAAGUAUUCAGAGUUUAUCAGAGCAAGAAGUUCACUUAAAAGUCCAAGUUAAAGAACUUGAAGCAAAUGUAAUUGCUGCUGCUCCAGAUAAAAUCAAGCAAAAAGAAAUGGAGAAAAAAUGUAACAAUUUCAAAGAAGAGUAUGAUAAAGUUGCUGCAAAAGCCAGCAAAUUGGAAAUGGAAGUUAAGAGACUGCACAAUCUCAUAAUUGAAAUCAAUAAUAAUAAACUUAAAGCUCAGCAAGACAACCUUGAUAAAAUAAACAAGGAAAUAGAUCAGUGUGCUUCUGCUAUUACUAAAGCUCAGGUGGCCAUAAAGACAGCAGACAGAAACCUGAAAAAAUCAGAGGAUGCUGUGCUUCGCACUGAGAAGGAAACUGAAGAGACUAAAAAGAACAUACAAGACUUAACAGAGCAACUGAGUACCUUGGAUGAAAGAGCUGCUGAAGUUAUGAAUGACAUUAAAAAAGCUGAAGAGUCCUUCCCAGAGAUUCAAGAGGAACAUCGCUCUGUGCAGCAAAAGAUUAAAGCUAUCCAAGAAGAAGAGCAUUUACUUCAAAAAGAAGCUCUUAGUAUUAGGCUUAAAGUUGAACAGCUAGAUAGUCAUGUUGCUGAGUAUCAAUCAAAGAUUAAGCAUUGGCAAAAAGAGAUUUCAAAAAUAUCUCUGCAUUCAAUAGAAGAAAAACAGGCAGAAGAGCUUCCAGUGCUCAGUCAGGAAGAACUUGAGGCGAUUAAUGAGCCAGGCAUAGCCAAACAAAUCGCUCUUUUAGAAACUCAGUGUCAUGAAAUGAAGCCAAACUUGGGCGCCAUUGCUGAAUAUAAUAAAAAGGAAGAACUGUACUUGAAACGUGUUGCAGAGCUGGAUGAAAUUACCAAUGAGAGGGAUAACUUUAGGCAAGCUUAUGAAGAUCUUAGAAAACAAAGGCUUAAUGAAUUUAUGGGAGGAUUUAAUGUAAUAACAAACAAACUAAAGGAAAACUAUCAAAUGCUUACAUUAGGAGGUGAUGCAGAGCUAGAGCUUGUAGACAGUCUGGAUCCUUUCUCUGAAGGAAUCAUGUUCAGUGUUCGACCACCAAAGAAAAGCUGGAAGAAGAUAUUUAAUUUGUCUGGUGGGGAGAAGACACUUAGCUCACUGGCUUUAGUUUUUGCCCUUCAUCAUUAUAAGCCAACGCCCCUGUACUUCAUGGAUGAAAUUGAUGCAGCCCUUGAUUUUAAAAAUGUAUCCAUCGUAGCAUUUUACAUAUAUGAACAAACAAAAAACGCACAGUUCAUCAUAAUCUCUCUGCGAAACAACAUGUUUGAAAUUGCAGAUAGACUAAUUGGCAUUUACAAGACUUAUAAUACAACAAAAAGUGUUGCAACAAAUCCGAAAGUGAUUGCAUCAAAAGGACUUGCUGAACUCGGUUCUCUAGGCUGCUCCUGAAUGUGGAAACUGCAUCUAUUUUAACAAGCUGGUUUUUCUAAUGAAGAUAUCCCAUGAUGCAACUUUCAGUAGUUUAUUAAAAAUGUCUUUUUAAUGUAACAUCUUAUUGAAGAGGGGUUAUUCUGUACAGAUAUGAAAACCUUUCACCUCUGAAUUACCGUUUAAAAUGUAGUUGGAUAUAAAUAGUUCUGUGAUUCUUAAGUUCAGUUUCUUUUGAGGCUAGGGGUAGUAGGGGAUUUUUAAACACAUUUUAUAUUGUUUUGUUUUGUAUUAAAGUAAACUCCUAAAUA